AUGACUACCAACUAAUUACCUCCCGUCUUAUCCGAGCAUCUCUCUUUUCAUCUCUUCAGACAUACCCAGUCUAGAACCCAAACUUUCCCACAGCUUGUCCCGACUGCUCCCCUGCAAAACUUGGAACGAGCACAAACAAAUCCCACAAUUCUUGAUUGCCUUGGGCUUUUAAUUAGCACCAGACUCACAAACCCGAACCAAAGUCAUGGGCGGCUUUUGUAUACCACAACAAUCGGCGCACACUGAGCACCACGUGAUUUUAGACGAUGGUCAUGCCAUCUCGUUUGAACAACACAAACUAAUAUGGAGUCUGCGAGACAGAGCGGAGGGAAAGAAAGGGGAACAAGAUGAGCAAGAAAUCCAGUCAAAGGAUGGCGGGGCAGACAAAACCAUUAGCGACGACACCCAUGGGAGUGGAACACUGCCCGAGCAUGAAAUCCUAUUUGUCUGCAGGGAGUCGUCAUCCCAACCCGAUACGCCAUCGGAAACGCAGUCGACAGACACAGCAACAGGGUACAUAAUUUAUUCUGUUCACGAAGACGCAGCGAACCAUGUGCAGCCAUAUCGUCUUUCUUCUCUGUCCGCACCACGCCUUCCGCAAUCGUUGUUGGACACUUUUCUCCUCGACGAGCCGCCAGCCCACCUCGUAGGCGCAGAGGACCUGCAAGUAAUAAUUUCGACCAAGUCUGGCACCGGGCUAGCAAAGGCCUUCUAUGAGUCGGUCUUGUCAAAGCUGCUCACCGUAUUUGGUUUGCGCGCGCAUGACGACCAUGCCACCACCACAGCCACCCCUACUGAAUCUACUGGCAGCAGUAUCAUAGGUCCAUCGUACCAGCUGUUCGUCACCAGAUCUAGACACAGCAUCCGGGAACUUGCCCAGGAGAGAUGGAGUACUCGAGCGUUAGCGACGACGGCGCAGGGCAGGCCCUCGUCCCGGCAGCUGCUCGUUCUUUUGAGCGGUGAUGGCGGCCUGGUGGACCUUCUCAACGGUGCCGGCGAGCCGGAUGAUGCAACCGAGUCUUCGUUGGUCACGCCACCUGCCAUUGCCCUGCUACCUCUGGGGACUGGCAAUGCUCUGUUUCAUUCGCUGCAUAAGCCACUUUACAGGAAUUCACCGGGGACACCAGAGCCUUCGCAUCUCCUUAUUGGUCUGCGGACCCUCUUCAGGGGUGAAGAAGCGCCACUACCGACAUUUCGCGCGUCCUUCUCGGCCGGCUCAUUCUUGGUCCCGCCAGCACCAGAAGACGACGAAGAGAAGGGCCAAGGUCAGGGGCAAAUCAGCAGCGGCGAGAACCAGACCGAAGGGGCGGCAAUGCCUGUGGACCACCUUCUGGGUGCCAUCGUGGCGAGCCAUGGCUUCCACGCGCAACUAGUCUGGGAAAGCGACACGGCCGCAUAUCGACAGCACGGUGCGAAGCGGUUUGGAAUGGCCGCCGCAGAGCUUCUCAAGACUGCUCACGCAUACCAAGUGGUGGUUGAGGUCCGAUCCGAGGCUGGUGACAUCGAGUGGAGGCGAAUCCACCCAACACUACCCAAGGACCACACGGGCAAUAGCAGCGGUGAGUCAAGGGAGAGGUUCAUGUACGUGCUCUCAACCUUGGUCUCGAACCUCGAAAAGACUUUUACCAUCAGCCCCGAAUCCAGGCCGCUGGAUGGUCAGUUGCGACUGGUGAGCUUCGGUGCCGUCGGCCCGGAGAAGACCUUGGAGCUCAUGCAGGCUGCCUACAAUGACGGGAACCAUGUCAACUGCACUUGGCCUCCACCCGAUAACACUGGCGAAGAAACCCAGGCUGGCCAUGACAAGGUGGUUGGGUACAACAAGGUGGAAGAAUUGAAAAUCACUAUACAAGAAGAUGACCCACGCUGGCGCAAGGUGUGCAUCGACGGCACUAUUGUUGAAAUACCGCAGGAUGGCUGGAUGCACGUCCGCAAGACGGGCAAGUCGCGGUUUAGGGUACUGGUUGAUAAGAGUGUCUUGUGAUAUUCCCAAUUCUAGACGACAUGAAUCUAGAGGAGUGGCUACAUUUCAACGUCAACUCUAUAUUGUAUAAACGUCGACAGACAUACAUGACUGAAGAUACUGAGCUUAUCGAGGUUGAAGUGCGGAAGAUAGAUUAACUUCUGCCAGCCUGAUUUGAACAGAGAGCAGCUACACACAAACAAGCUCAUAGCAUCUUGCUAACCCUCUUUUCCAUAAUGUUCUCAAACUCCUGCACGCCACCUUCCAAAACACUCAUCUUGCCCGCCCUAACCCGGUAUACGAUUCUUCGGCGCGGAGACUCGGCCUCCUCAUCCUCAUCCUCGUCACCACCACUACUCCCCACCUCGUCGUCAUCCAUGAUCCCCUCCACGACGCCCCGCACGAACCACCGGUCGUGGCUGACCAGCACCACGGCACCGGGCCAGUCCCGCAGCGCAUCCCGCAGCGCCGUCACGGUCUCGUAGUCGAGAUGCGUGGUCGGCUCGUCGAGCACCAGGCAGUGCGGGCGGCGCCACAGCAGCCGCGCCAGCUCGCACCGCACCGCCUGGCCACCGCUGAGCUUGCGCAGCGGCACGUCGGAGGCCAGCCUGCCGGGCAGGCCCAGCGCGCCCAGGAACGCGCGGUUCUCGCCCUCCGAAACCCCGGCCUCGGCCGUCUCGCGCAUCAGCAGCGCCAGCGCCGUGAGCGUCGGCUCGGCGCGCCCCAGCUCCUGCAGCGCCUCGACCGCGUGCUGCGAGUAGUAGCCCAGCUUCAGCCGCGGGUGGUGCGUCACGGUCCCCGAGGUGGGCUUGUCGGCCUCGACCAGCAGGCGGAUCAGGGUGGACUUGCCCGCGCCGUUGAGCCCGAUGAUGCCGAUCCGGUCGCCCAUGCCGACCGAGACGGUGACGUCUUGAAGGGCCAGCGGUGCGCCUUUGGCGGUCCCGCGGUACCGGAAUGAUGCAUUCUCUAGGCUGAGCAGCGACCCCGGGAAGCGCAGCUCGGCGGGGUCGGGCACGUUGAUGACGACGCCUCGCUCCUCGGGCGGGAUCUCGAUCUCGUCGCGCAUGGUGAGGUGGUAGCCGACCAGGUCCCGGUUGAGCUUGAAUCGGCCGCCCUUGGCGUUGACCUCGAGGCCCCAGCGGUCGUCAAGCUUCUUUUGCCGCAUCUUGGCCUGCUUGACGCGGGUGUCGUCGUUGUUCUUUUUUCCCUCGCGCAUGUUGCGCGCGAUGGUCUCCUGCAUGUGGGCUUUCUGCCGGUCCUUGGCCUCCUUCAUACGCUUCAGGUGCUGUCUGCGCACGGCGGUGGACGACUCGUACGACGCCAGGUCGCCGUGGUGGUAGACCAGGUCCUUGUCCUUGAGGAUGAGCAGGUCGGUGCACAGCGAGAUGAAGUCGCGGUCGUGCGAGACGAGAAUCAGCGUAGGGGCCCGCGUCGUCAGCGCUGCUGCUGCUCCUGUGGUGCCGUCCGAGUCCUCGCCCAGAGACGUCAGGUAUCUUUGCAGCCAUACGAUGCCGAGGAGGUCGAGGAAGUUGGUCGGCUCGUCCAGGAUCAUGAUGUCGGUCUCCUGCAGCAGGCAAGCUGCCAGCGACGCCCGCAUGCGCCAGCCGCCGGAGAGGCUUGAUAUGGGUUUUGCCAUCGACUCUGCCGUGAAGCCCAGACCUGUGAGGAUCCUCUUUGCGCGAGAUUCGACCUCGGCGAGUCGCGACGGCUCGACUCUGAUUUGUAAGUCUGCGAGCAUGUCGAUGGCUUCUUGUGUUUCAUCCCGUAUAGCUUCUGGUGGGAUUUCCUCGUCUACUUGAGUGAUUCUUUUUGGUGGCAGAGACGAGUUUGAAAUCAGCUUCCAAUUAAAAGAAAUGGGAAGAAAAGCCGCAGCCUUUUUAAUUAGGGUUUCAAGCUCUGGGUUGCUAGACUCACGACAAGGCAGAGGCUGCCACCUCCUUUUCGAAUUCAGUCAAAGCCUUGCGCGCCUGUAGACCACGAGCACCGCUUCUUAACCUCGCGUCUUUAUCGAGCACAAAUAGCCGCUUCUGCUGUCUGUCGUGUUUGAUCUUUCGAAGGGCACGCAAGGCACCAGUCGCACUGGUCGUGUCGUUGAUACCGGUGGAUAAAGCUGCAUUCAGGCCAUGGCAUCGCUUUUGUUAGACUCCAUAAGCACUAGGAGCUUUCACUGAAACGAUGCUGACCUACCGCCAAUUUCUUGCUCGAGCUCACUACGUGACGUGGCUCUUUCGAUAACCUCAUCCAGGGUGGAGAGCGCCUUGCCAUUGGACGAUGAACUCUGGACGCCGAGCGCAGUCUCAUCAGUAGCAUCCGUCUGCUGCAGGAUUGAGAUGCGAGUGGCUUCUGGUAUGCCUGGGAUCAACUCUAAUUUCGUUUUGAGCCGAUUCAGUCAGGGUUUAUCAUUCACAUCCCAAGACACGAUGACAUACUCUCAGCGAUAGCCUUUAGAAGCGUCGACUUCCCGGAUCCGUUCUUUCCAACGAGAACAUAGCGUUGCCCAGCUUUGAGGCGCAGCUUAGCAUCGGUCAAGAUCUCCAGUCCCUGUGAUUUGGCCUUGGAUCUGCCUUUACCCUUGCCACUGGCAACGACACCGCCAGCUUCAGGCGGUGGAGCAGCGGCGAGGGUGAUGUUGAGACCUUCAAUGUCCAGCUUUGUUUUGGAUCAUGAACGCUGUUGUCAGCUUCUUAAGCUGGGCUGGCUGGGGUUUUCUGGAGGACAUGGGUUUGAUAUGAUUGCGUUACCUCUCGAUACUCGGGGCUGGUCUCUAUACGGAAUCUGGUUUGUUUACAGGUCACCAAGAUGGAGGCGACGGACUCUGAGGCAAUCGAGGUCAUUUUGGGAAUGUAACCGUCCGUUUAUUAUAGAUCCAGAAGAAAGCAGGUAGAUGGGCAGAAUCCUGCGAAAUGGGUGAUAUCAUUAAAUACAAGAAGUAGACACGCGGUAUCGCGGCAAAGAGUCCAAAGAAAAUGGAAGGAAACUCGAGGUGUGUUUUCCGUGCAGAAUAUAUCAAUUUCGUCCGUCUGUACCUGUCUCUUUUUGGAGGGCUUAUGAUGACAAAAAAAAAGAAAAGAAAAAAAAAACAGGCCGAUACAAAUACCAGUUUGUAACUGUUCCCAUUUGCCAACUCUUUCUGUAGAUAUACGUAACUGCCUUUGAAAUUGCAUACUAGGGCGGGUUUUUCAGGUCUGGGCGACACAAAAAGAACCAGCUGGGCGCGCUGGGCGCACAGCCAGAAUGAAUCAUUUUGAUUCACUUGGGGGCAGUUUCCUUUCUUUGCUUGAUCGUCUCUUCUUGCCCCUUUUAUUCUCCGACAAGACCGUUUGGACUAGCGGAUUCGGGCCGCGCUUUGCCAAUUGGCCUGGCCCCGGCUCGGCUUCAGUGUGGGGUACUUGCUUUUCUUUUCCAGCUUGUGCUCCUUUUUCAUCUUGGGUUUCUGUGUUCCUGAUCCCAUUGAACAAAAGACCUUAAGCUUGAAACUUCAGCCAAAAUGUUCGGACGAGGUCUAAUUACCACGUGGCCAUUGGGUCUUGUUGAAGACCUAAAGAGAUGUGUUGUUGGCUUACAAGAGAUGGAAUAAUGGAGUGAGCGGAUUAUACCUUUUCGAGUAAGUAGACGUUGGACUGGUAUGCAUCUUGUCACAACUCGACUAUUUCAUGCUGGGUACAAAUUUACCUUUUUUUCCUGUUCGAAAUAUAACCACCUAGUUAGACAAGUCAUGCAAACAACAUUAGCAGUGAAACACAGAGACGAGCAUACCGAAAACGACACAGUUAAGAAGAGAAAAAUCAAUAUGAGGAUCACUUUUCACGGAG